ACUCCAUCACUUCCAAGUCGCAAGAGCCAUCGACCGUGAAGCUCUCCCAUUCGACCUGGAUUCCGUAAUGCUCUGAUGCUCAAUCUCAAAAUCCUUCGUUAACUCGAAGGCCACACCUUCACGCCCUAGGAGUAUCAGAAUUCGAGAUGUCCGACCUAGACCGCCAAAUUGAACAGUUGAAGAGAUGCGAGCCGCUCACCGAAUACCAAGUCAAGGAUCUCUGCCUCAAAGCCAUCGAAAUCCUCGUCGAAGAGAGCAAUGUUCAACGCGUCGACGCCCCAGUCACUAUUUGCGGAGACAUACAUGGGCAGUUCUAUGACAUGAAAGAGCUUUUUAGAGUUGGAGGUGAUUGUCCAAACACGAACUACUUGUUUCUUGGAGAUUUUGUUGAUAGAGGAUUUUACUCGGUUGAGACAUUCCUGCUUCUACUUGCCCUGAAGGUACGGUAUCCUGAUAGGAUAACACUUAUCAGAGGGAACCAUGAGAGCCGACAGAUAACUCAGGUCUAUGGUUUCUAUGAUGAGUGUCUACGGAAAUAUGGUUCUAUCAAUGUUUGGAGAUAUUGCACCGAAAUUUUUGAUUACUUAAGCUUGUCAGCACUCAUUGAUAAUAAAAUAUUUUGUGUUCAUGGUGGUUUGUCUCCUGCGAUAUCCACAUUAGACCAGAUUCGUACAAUAGAUCGAAAGCAAGAAGUACCUCAUGAAGGUGCCAUGUGUGAUCUUCUCUGGUCAGAUCCAGAAGACAUUGUUGACGGAUGGGGUCUCAGUCCACGUGGUGCAGGUUUUUUAUUUGGUGGAAGUGUUGUCACUACAUUUAACCACUCAAAUAACAUUGACUAUAUAUGCCGUGCCCAUCAGCUGGUAAUGGAAGGUUAUAAAUGGAUGUUUAAUGAGCAGAUAGUUACAGUCUGGUCAGCUCCAAAUUACUGCUACAGAUGUGGAAACAUUGCUGCAAUUCUUGAGCUAGAUGAAAACCUUGAAAAGAAGUUUCGUGUAUUUGAAGCAGCUCCGCUGGAAUCGAGAGGAGCACCGGUGAAGAAGCCUCCUCCUGAUUACUUUUUGUAAGAAAGAGAAUUCAUUUACGAUUGGUAAUUGUGAAUUCUGUGGUGUUGGUAGAACAAAAAUUUUGGCUCGAGCUCCUCAGAAUGUUAGUGAACACGGAACAAGGGGAAUUAAUUCGUUUUGGUGGUGGGUGAGCCUGCUCAAUUCUUUUGUAAUUUUUUCACCAAAUCAAUUGUUGAGUAUAGUGUUGUUCUGACUUUUGGUACCUCACCAUUUUUCUCCUCCUAAAAAAGGAAUUAAAAGGAAGGUGUUUUUGAGUGGUGGUCGCGGUUGUGGUAACAUAUUUCAGAGAUGGAUAAUCCCACUUUUGUUUGUGACCACUGAUUUGAAUUCCAUUGAUGAGCUUAUUUGCAUAGUAUACGUAUUUUGUUGAUA